UAUGGGCCAUCUUCUGCUCUUGUGCCAUCUCCAUCUUAUCAAGUUCCUAGUGUGACUCCAAGACCAAAAAAUCAUGAUCAUCACCAUCGUCAUCAAACUGUAAAACCUUAUGCUGUGGCUCCAUCCCCUUUUGAAGAUCAAGCUUGUGGCCAAAUCUGUACGGAUCCUCUCACAGCAACUCCCUUUUAUUCACCUUGUGGUUGUGUAUUUCCCAUGAAAAUCAGACUUGUACUGGAUACAGCUCCUUUGGUUGUUUUUCCAUUAAUUAAUGAGUUAGAGAUUGAAGUUGCAUCUGGAACAUAUUUGAAGCAGAGCCAGGUGAGGAUAAUGGGAGUAAGUGCUGAUAGUCAAAAUCAGGGAAGAACUGUGGUUGAUAUUAACUUGGUUCCACUUGGAGAGAAAUUUGAGAAUACCACUGCAGUUCUGACAUACAAGAGGUUUUGGCACAAGAAAGUUCCUCUAAAUAGGAGCCUUUUUGGUGAUUAUGCGGUCUUGUACAUUACUUAUCCAGGGAUGCCAUCAUUGUUGCCACAUGGAACCUUAGUUGGGAGUGGUCCCUUUGGCGGUGAAAGUGUUGAUGGGAUUAUCCCAAUCACUCCUAGUGAAAGUUCUGAAGGGAUUCUCCCAAUCACUGCCAACAUCAGCAAGAAUGAGAAAAUGAAUCUUAGAACUAUAAUCAUCAUUGCUUUAUCUUUCUUUGUACUCUUACUGGUUUUGGUUGGAGCGUUUUCCCUUGUUUUGAAAUGGAGGAGAAUUAGGAGACCGUCAAGUUCUGCAUUCACAUUGUCUCGAAACAAGAAAUCUGCCAUGGAGUCUAUGUUGUCAAGCAGAAUUACGAGCUCAAGAUCAAUGUCCCUUGUGUCCACCAUGGCUACUUAUAUUCGCUCUGUUAAAACAUUUUCCUUUUCUGAGCUUGAGAAGGCAACUGAUAAGUUCAAUUCAAAGAGAAUAUUAGGAGAAGGAGGAUUUGGACGUGUUUAUUGCGGGACAUUGGAUGAUGGAACUGAAGUUGCAGUUAAGCUGCUAACAAGGGAUAAUCAGAAUGGAGACAGUGAAUUUAUUGCAGAAGUUGAGAUACUAAGCCGUAUGCAUCAUCGUAAUCUUGUGAAACUCGUCGGUAUAUGCAUAGAACGUCGCAGGCGAUGCUUGGUGUAUGAGCUUGUUCGCAAUGGCAGUGUCGAGUCCCAUUUGCAUGGAGUUGACAAGACAAGCAGCCCUCUAGAUUGGGAAACACGGACAAAAAUUGCCCUUGGAGCUGCGAGAGGAUUGGCCUAUCUUCAUGAGGAUUCUAUUCCUCGUGUAAUUCACCGAGACUUUAAAGCUAGCAACGUGUUGCUGGAAGAUGACUUUACACCCAAGGUUUCUGAUUUUGGAUUAGCAAGAGAAGCAACUGAAGGAAGUCAUCAUAUUUCUACAAGGGUCAUGGGUACUUUUGGGUAUGUUGCCCCGGAAUAUGCAAUGACGGGUCAUUUACUUGUUAAAAGUGAUGUUUAUAGUUAUGGCGUUGUGUUGCUUGAACUUCUAACAGGCAGAAAACCAGUGGACAUGUCUCGACCUCCUGGACAGGAGAAUCUUGUAAUAUGGGCACGACCUCUGUUGACAAGUAGAGAAGGUUUGAAACAGCUGGUGGAUCCAUCAUUGGCUGGAAGUUAUGACUUUGAUGACAUGGCAAAGGUGGCUGGUAUUGCUUCAAUGUGUGUACACCCGGAGGUCACUCAGAGACCUUUCAUGGGUGAAGUUGUGCAGGCUCUUAAGUUGAUAUACGAUGACGGUGAUGAGACCUUUGUGGAUUGUUGUAGUCGGAAGGACUCUUCUGAUUUUAGAGGUGACCUUGCCUUUUCUGAUAGCAGUUGGGACAAUGCUGACGGGGUAAACCCACGAUUAGCUUAUGGGCAAGCAUCUUCCUUGGUCACGAUGGAAUACAGUUCUGGUCCACUUGAAAUGGAAAACAGACCGUUUUCAGCUUCAAGCUUGAUUGGAGAUGACAUAUCUUUACCAAUUAGGCAUGGGAAUAGAUCAGGUCCCUUGAGAACAGCCCGAAGCAAGCUAUCCUUUUAUCGGCUUACUCGAAGUUGGAGUGAGCAUGCAGUACUUCCAUCCAAACGUGUUUGGAAUGAUGGUUAA